AUGCGCUACUUGUACUUCCUCCACCCUACCUGAGUCAACACCUGCUUCAUCCGUCCCUCCACCUAGUAAGUGCUUGAGAAUAGUAGAAACCAAACAUGGACAACUUAGGUGGAGGCCGACAUUUCGGGACGCGGCCUGCGGUCGGAUUCUCCCAACAUUUGGAGGACACUGGUGCGAACCCACGUAUCUCCGGCUACUUGGGUAGCGUUGAAUCUACGACGCAAUCCAUUGAUGCAACGGGACCUGGUGGGAUGACUAUGCCAAUGUCGAUGGGAGGAGUCCGUAAGCCAUCGGCAUAUAACCCAGGGAGCAAGCAUGGAAUUGGAAAGAAGAAACAAGCACCUCCUCCAUCAGCUCUUGGACAUCAACCUACAUUUGCGGUGCCUAGUCCAGACGUAGUUGAGGAUGAUCUAAGCAGAACGCGGGAGGUGGACCCCAGUCGGGUUCUAGGAGGUGCAGACCUAGAUAAAACGCAGCAAGUGCCGAGGUCGAGAUUACUUGGGAACAACAAAAAGCAAGGGUCGGUGUUGAAGUUAUGAGAAGUAAAAAGGUUCUUGUUCCACAGUCCGAAAACUAAACUUCUAGAAGUGGUGCUAGGAGCUUUCCCCGAUGAUUGAUGUUUGUUCUAUCUGUAAGAUGAUACCGCCUUUUUCUUUUGUGCUCUAACACUCGAAAAACUCAACUUCGCCUUUCCCACUGACAAAGCCGAAAUGCGAAGUUCAGCGGCUGCACGUAGCACAUCUUCUAUGCAAGGUGGAGGUGUUGUGCGGAGCAAAUUGCGAUUCGCAUCUACGGUGUCCAUGUCCUCGAGUGAUAAUGCGGGAGGUGAACAAAAAGUGGGAGAAUUUGAGCCGCCACAACGCAAUAAUACUAAAGACUCCAGAUUACAACGAGGACAGCCGCAGGAGAGGGAGAAAUACAAGACGACAGAUGUUCGAAUGUCGAAGUCGCUAGGAGCAGGAGCUUCUGCUGGUUGUACAAGGUCAGGCAAGAGCAGCAAACAUCAUAGUCAAACAGGAAGAGAAACAGUAGACGCCGGACGCGGACAUAGGGAGAAGAAGAAUAACGCUAGCAAGUCCUCCAAAAGCCGUAGCUCCAAGAACAAAACUACCGGUCCCGGAGGCCUAGAACAGUUGCUAUUCGGCGCACGGGGUUAUGCGGAUGCACAACAUCUCAGUUGGACGCCAGGUGCAAUAAGGGACGAUGAUAUGGAAUCAACUCAGCAGACUAGCAGAACUGUUAGUCAACAUGCAGAAGAUCAUUCGAGAUCUUUCAACCAUGGAGGAAAUACAACCUCGUUUACUCGAGAAGAAGACAUGCUUGACGCUCUGAAUCUGACACGUCCGACGUUCGGCAGACACAUCGAGCUUUUUCCGGAACUGCCUCCAAGAGCAACAUCAGCAACACCUGGUGGAAUGAAUGCGAGUAGUGCAGAUGAUAGUUGUCGUGAUUACCAAGCCUACAAGUCAGGAACAAACUCUGGAAACAGCAGGUCUAAAUCAGCAGGAGGCGGAGGCACGAUUCCCUUCAGAGCACCAGACGGCUCAGUAGGCAACAGACCGAUGCGGUGUCCGGGUAGUGUGCCGUUCAACGAUGCGAUCUUCAGUGCCGGAGACGACGAUCAGGGCGCACCUGUUGUGAAUAUUCCAGGACACACUGUGGGGACUGGCGCGCAUAAGAACAACGCGUCCAAUGUUGAGGGAAACAAUGUUGAUAAUGACGUUUCUUUUUUGAAUUUGGGAAGUAAAGCGUCAACGAGCGUGAGUGCAGACGAUAACCAUAACAGUGUGCCGCCAUGGGCAAUGCCGCCGAGACGACCGACAGUUGCAAGAAGGACGAGCACGGUACUUCUAUUGGUCUACUUGUGUCUUCAUACAAGCACAACGACUAUUGUAAAAAUAAAGGUCUUGCACAUGUGGUCAAAAAUAUUGCCAAGUAGAAAAGAACACUCCACGACUUGUUUACUCAUCAACACUCUCUUUCAAUUACACGCUACUUCCCUCUCAUUCACAAACACAAUCAGUCCUCCUCAAGUUCCUUAUACCUCGAAUGGCUCGCUCCCGGAACCCAAGACCGGCGACUCGAACGACUCGUCUUUCAUAAGCAUCCGUUACAGGAAAAUGCUCCUCCUGCUGGUUUCUUUGGGGGAGGCUCUAAGAAUAGUGGUGAUGUACCUGGAGGCGUACCAGAACAGGGAGAUAACCUGCAAGUGACUGAUCCAAGUGCAGCACAACGACCUCACGGAGAUGGAAGUAGCACGCCGCACACAGUGAGCAAUACAGAACGAGACCAAGUCUACUCUGAAAAACUUCGAUCUAAGACUUCUAGUGCAUCGGGUUCUCAUCCUCGUCUUCCUCCUUCUUUGCCACAGUCCUGUGUUUCUGAUGCGCCCAGCUCUUUGGUGAUUCCACUAGAUCGGAGUCAAGGUCCUGGAAGCACUUCCACAGUCGCACAGAUGGUUGGGAGCUUGCUCCAUAAGGGCAAAAAGACAGCCUCUUCAUGGAUCAAUGGCAUUACGGGUCGUGCACCGCCGCCACCUCCUGACGUAGCGUUUGGGAAUGUGUUUGUUGUUCCAGAGGAGAAGAAAAACGAAGGGGAACAAGAGGAGGACGAGGAAGGAAAGGACAGAGCACAAGAACAACCUCGACCGGAGCACAAGGCUUGCCCCACGACCACAGAUCGAGACGACUUGCUACUCGAAACUAUCCCAUUGCACAGUGACAUAGAUUCUGCUGAAGCAGAUCGUUUAAAAGCACACACGGUAAACGCAGAAUCAGCUACAACACCAGUUGAGUCCCCGUUACCUAGUCCCAUGGAGUUGAGGCCGAUUUCAUGGAUGCCUCUAGACCUCGCACAACUGAGUGCUAGACUGGCCAAGAACAAACAUGGAUGUGUGUAUCCCUUGUUCAUUGGCGGAGUAGGCUGCGAUCACGUUUUGCGGAAGUUGGGAGUCACGGAAGCAGGUGCUAUUCGAGCUGGUCUUCUAGAACGAUAAUCUGAAGAUGGAGGUUCUUCUAUUGUUGUGAAUUCUUCAUUUAGUUAUUAGUUCACACUUAUAGAUACAAAUGAUUUUCUUUUUCAUAUCAGACCGUCCAUGAUCAACAAAAAAAACCCACAGAUCUCCUCAACCAUGGUCGUUCCUCCGCUUACGUCCACGAAGACGGUGUCCACAUCCUUCUCACUGCUCAUCCUGAACUCGCCUCUCGUACAUUGUAUUGCGAUGGUCUCGCUGGCACCUUAACGCAGGAACGAGUCCAGAUGGCCGAGAGCUACUACCCCUAUCUCGAUGCCGACCGGUUUGAUUUCAUUGCUCUACGAGAUUGUCCGAAACUAGUCGACGUGGAAUCCGCUAGGAAACUGGCCAGACAGCAUUUGAUAUUGUUGUCACGAACAGCUUCUGCAGAUUCCCAGGUGGUGAAAUACGAAGAUCUCGAUGAAGACGAUCGCAAAGAUCAAGAAAAUAUUCUCUUGCAUGAGAUGCUUGCUGCAGCUAGACAACAUAGUGGCACGAGUGAUCAGUCUCCUGUACCGGAACUGGAUAUAACCGAAUACGCCAUCCAUCGUUGUUUUGAGGCCUCCACAGGUAGAGCUUUCCGCUUAGAAGACGUGACAGACCUCAAACGCAUGCUCUUUACGUUGCCGGCCUACGUGCGUGACGGAACAAUCGUAACGCCACCAGAUUUUGCAAGACAACUGCCGACAAGACGUGGUGCUGUGAAGAACAAGACCACAGGAGUAAACGACCAAGGUGAAGAAGCCGAGGAAGAGAAUAUGCGAGAUUGCAAGAUCGGUGCUGCUUCACAACUACAAGACGCUACAUCCCCUGUCGAUGAAGUAGACCUACUAGCAGAUGAACUAAACCUUCCUAGACCUAGAAAGGAGAAGAAAGACCGAACAUCUUCUCGGAAGAGCUCUAAGGACACUUCUUCGAGGAGUCGCAGUUCCUCGAAGGAGGCUCGUCGCUUAGCACGAGCAACAAAACGUGGUGGUAACUCUGUGGUUUUCGUCAGGGACAAGGUGAUGAAUCUGAUGAACGCGGCUGGCGGUGUGCCUGGUUGGGAGGAGCAGCUGGGCGAAAGAGAGACGCAGCUACUUGACGAUGGUCAGGCUGAGGACGAGGUUUUCCCGGAGCAGAGUGAAAGCAACGCGCCACUAGAACUAGCAGAAGACAAAUCUCUUUCUCCUUCCUCAAAGAAACUAAAAGAGAAGAAGAGUAAGCGUAAAAAAAGCAAAGACCGCCAAUCCAGUAAAGCAUCGAAGAAGAAAAAGGAUAAGAACAAUUAUGAAGACCAAGACGUAGAGGACGAGAGUAACGACCGGAGUUGUGCAAUUUCACCAGGAGAACAGAAUCCACCAGUUUUCCUCAGUCAAAGCGGCUCUUCGCCAUCCGACAGACAGCGUGUCUCCGAUGGCGGGUCUUCCUCGAACAAACUUGAGGAUAUUCUGCAAGCUCGUCGCAGUGGCGGGCGCUCAUCUUCAUAUUUGGCGCGUUUGUCGCAAGAUCUCAACUUUUUGGACGAGGAGAACAGCAAAUCGAAAGAGCAGGGUGGAGAUGAAGACAAAGAGGCAAGCAUCAGCAAGAGUAAUCUUCAGCAAGCAUCAAACGAAGAGGUAUUAAGGGAACAAGACGACGAUGCUACAGAGCAGGAAGGUCGAGCACGUUCCUGUUCGGGUGGAGAUCCAACUGAUAGUGUGCUUGGAGUCGGAGAUUUGCAGUCUUUUUCUGUCUACUUACUCGACUCUCAACCUUCUGUCGCUGGCGGCCAUCGGAAGUCUGGAGAUUCUCUCUCUUCUGCUGGUGAUGCUGGUGGCGGAGCUAGUAAGAUCAACAAGACCGAUAUCAAGCAACAACUCCGCCCCGGUGAAGAUCGACCUAUUCCCCUAGAAGAAGUAGAAAAUACCCAGAACAAUCAACUGCGAUCCUACUCUCAAGCAGAUGCGGCUAAACGACGGAGCCUCGCGAGUCCGGACAUGCUAAGCAAAAACUCAUCUUUCUCAUCGUCUUUGAUGCCUCCUGGAAGAAACAAGUCGGAUCCGAAAUACAAGAAGUUGAUGAUCUCAAAAAAUGUACUGCUUGUGCAGCUUGUACUGCAUGGUUGGUUCUUUUAGGUCGCCUUAGACUGUUCGGAGCUUGAGUUUGGUGUAUUCGUGCUUUUUAUUUUUUUAUAUAUCCAGAACAAACUCUUGAUGGUUGCAUCGAACAGCAUGGUUGGUUUUAGGUCGCCUUAGACUGUUGAGUUUGGUGUAGUCGUGCUAUAUCAUAUAUAUAAGUAAUCGUCCAUGUCGAGCUCGAAGAUGUCUAGAGUAGUUGUACGUGCAAAUAGAAAUUACCAACUACUGUUGACAACAAAUCACACCACGACACAUCCAGAACAAACUCUUGAUGGUUGCAUCGAACAGCGAUUUGAUAUUUCCACCGAACCACGAUGCCUUGGCCGGGACUCACCCGGACCCAUCCCGUAACCCACUCGCUAAGCCACCUGGGACGAGGAGGAUCAGCACAGGCAAGAAGAUUGUGGUCACAGACGGUCGUGAUCAGAAUCCACGAGGACGUGGUACGAUUAUCAUGGACCACCAAGGACAAGAAGGUAGUCGUGCUGAUAGCAGUGCGGGUUGUGGAUCAUCGUCCUCUUCUUCAGCUUCGGGAUCAAACAACAAUAGUUCGUCAAGCUCUUCGACGAGUAAUGAUCCAGAACUUUUCCAGACCGGAAACUCGAAAUUCGUUGACAAUACGAACAAUGGCUCUUUCUCGUCUUCUUCUUCUAGUAGCUCCUCGUCUUCUGGAUCUUCAUCUUCCUCUUCUUCAUCCUCAGCUCAUCGCAGUUGUACAGCCAGUGACGGGACCAGCGGCUUUGGCCCUGGUGCGGCAGCGGAGAUGCGUGCACUGACGCAGGAUGACGAAGCUGCACCACUUGAGAAAGACGACAGGAGCAUGAAGCAGAAGAAAGAACGCAAAUCUAAGUCGAGGAGGCGCAGCAGCAGUGCAGCUGUACAUGGAGACCUGGCGCUCAGUAAGAAGUCCUUUGCAGAAGAUCGAGUAGCGUUAGCUGAUAGUGCCUACUCUUUUGGAGGUCCAUCCAAUGCGAUGAAAGACAGUUUGGACACGCCAGUUCCGCUUUACUCGUUAAUCCAAGCACCGGCUGCUUCACCACCUUCACCUCCAGCAGCGGAUGUUGAGGACACAAGUAAAAACAACAAGAAGACGAGGAACACUUCUAGUAAGCUGCGUCGUCAAAAAGGGAUAGACCCUGACAAUUUGUAUCACGAGCCUCGUGUAGCGACAGGAGCUAAGAAAUCGUCUUCAAAGUUGAAGAAGAGUAGCAAAAAUGAUGCUCUAGCAGGAACACCAACAUCUUGUUCAACUGCAAUGGCGACAGCUCUAGAAAGAGCGAUCUCUCCAUCACCUGCUAAAGAAAAGAAGGCAUCGCGGAUUCGCAAACUACUUUCUAGUAUCAGCCCAAAGAAAGUUCUGACGUCUAGCAUAAGAAAAUCUGCUUCUGCUAAGAGGAAGAAUCAAGACGUUCUAGAUCAUGAAGGUCAACGGCUUGUAGAGGCUGAGGCAGAGCCAGAAGCUAAGAGUAAAAAGAAAAAGAAGAGCAAGCACAAGAUGAAGGAUGAUGGUGAAGUCUUGUCUUCUCGUGCACCAUCGCCGAGUAGCCCGAUUGACGGCGCGGACGGAGACGACCCUACUACUUCUGGAGCUGCAGCACCUGCACAUGAUUCAUCUUCGCCCGAUGUAGACGCCGCAGCAACUUCUAGCAUCAAACGAGGACAAUCCAGUACUUGGUGGGACGAAAAUGUCCGUCGUGCAUCCCUGACCGAAGACAACAAGAAGGAAGAGAGCGCGAACAACCAGAACAAUCAACGUCAUAGUGAUACAUCUCCUUCUGAAAAUAAAGUGCAAGUACUAGUAGACGCCAGUAAAUCAAAAGAUUUCAAGAACGGUACUAAGGCGCCGCCAGCCGCGGCAACUACAGAGCAGGAGAACAAACAGGCUGCGGGAUGCAUGCAAAUGUGA